CGGCCCGGCGGGGAGGUGGCAGGAAAGCCUCGGAACAGCUGCCGGAGGUGACGGAGCCGCAGCCCCGCCCGGUGCACUGGAAGACGAAGCUUCCAGGUAGCGGCCCGCAGAGUGUGACCCAGGGUACGACGGGGCAGUCAGCGAGAGCCACGGUCCCUGGGCGGCCUCUUUAAGGAAGGGGGCGGGGCCACGUGGAAGGAUCUUGAGGAUCCAGACAUCCUGAGCCCAGGUCCCCCAGCUCAGUGCAGCCAUGAGUGCCGAAGUGAAGGUGACAGGGCAGAACCAGGAGCAAUUUCUGCUCUUGGCAAAGUCAGCCAAGGGGGCAGCCCUGGCCACACUCAUCCACCAAGUGCUGGAAGCCCCUGGUGUCUACGUGUUUGGGGAACUGCUGGAUAUGCCCAAUGUUAGAGAGCUGGCUGAGAGUGACUUUGCUUCCACAUUCCGACUGCUCACUGUGUUUGCCUACGGGACAUACGCUGACUACUUAGCUGAAGCCCGGAAUCUUCCCCCACUCACAGAGGCUCAGAAGAAUAAACUUCGACACCUAUCAGUCGUCACCCUGGCUGCCAAAGUCAAGUGUAUCCCAUAUGCAGUGUUGCUGGAAGCCCUUGCUCUGCGGAACGUGCGGCAGCUGGAAGACCUCGUCAUUGAGGCUGUGUACGCCGACGUGCUUCGCGGCUCCCUGGACCAGCGCAAUCAGCGGCUGGAGGUUGACUACAGCAUUGGACGUGACAUCCAGCGCCAGGACCUCAGUGCCAUUGCCCGAACACUGCAGGAGUGGUGUGUGGGCUGUGAGGUUGUGCUGUCAGGCAUUGAGGAGCAGGUGAGCCGUGCCAACCAGCACAAGGAGCAGCAGCUGGGCCUGAAGCAGCAGAUUGAGAGUGAGGUUGCCAACCUUAAAAAAACUAUUAAAGUUACAACAGCAGCAGCCACAGCAGCCACUUCCCAGGACCCUGAGCAACACUUGACUGAGCUGAGGGAACCAGCUCCUGGCACCAACCAGCGCCAGCCCAGCAAGAAAGCCUCCAAGGGCAAAGGACUCCGAGGGAGCGCCAAGAUUUGGUCCAAGUCGAACUGAAGGGACUGUUGUUCCUUCCCUGGGGAUGUGGGGUCCCAGCUGCCCGCCUGUCCUUUGGGAGUCCUCAGAGAGCCUUCUUGUGCCCCUGGCCAGCUGAUAAUCCUAGGUCAUGACCCUUCACCUCCCUUCCUCUCUCCCCCACCCCCAAGCAUAGAUCAUACCUUCUCUAGCGAGGAGGUGAGUACAAGUCAUGUUUUUGUUGGUA